GAUGACGCGAAAGUUUACAUUAUUAAUUAAAUAGCGCGCCACUACAAGUGGGUGUUAUGAAUGAACUGAAUGACGCAAUUUGCGCAUGCGCUAUGACCCCCAGACGGUCAGCUGAGUACGUUUCGUUAUCACCGGUCUGUUGACACAGAAAAUUGACUAAACCUUUGUUAUUACAUAUCUUUAUCUCAUAUUUUCUUGUUCUAUGGUAGUUUAUUAAUAACAUCGGAUAAUUAUGUCAUGAAAAUAUACCCGAUCCUACAUGGAAAUGGUAGGAAAAUCGUCUCAAAUGAGGUUUUCUUUGUUGAAUUUGUGUUUAUGUACAUGUAUAUUUUUGAGUCAAUGGGAGUGUGCCACUGCGACUGAAGGAAAGAAAAAUGAAUCAAACAGUGAAAGAUAUCCCCUGGUGGUUUUUGACUUUGAGAGGGUGGAACUGCCUUUUGUUAUCUGUUGCUGGGUGUUGAUAGCAAGUUUAGCCAAAAUUGGAUUUCACCUGCACAGUAAGUUACCGACGGUUGUUCCGGAAAGCUGUUUGUUGAUAGUACUUGGUUUAAUUGUCGGUUGCAUCCUACAUUAUGGCCGCGUGGCAACAACAUCGGAGUACGUCCUCGAUGCCAAUAUAUUCUUCAUCUAUCUUCUGCCACCCAUCAUCUUCGACGCAGGGUAUUUUAUGCCAAUUCGGUCAUUCUUCGACAAUGUUGGAUCAGUUCUUCUACUUGCCGUGGUGAAUACAGCUUUCAAUACAGUAUGUAUCGGGUUCUCGUUGUUUGCCGUGUCAUAUUGGGGUUUGAUUGGUCGAACGAUCAGUCUUCUGCAUUGUCUCAUCUUCAGCGCCCUUAUUUCUGCCGUUGAUCCGGUGGCUGUGAUCUCGGUGUUUGAGGAAGUCCAUGUCAAUCAGAUGCUUUACAUCAUUGUAUUCGGUGAAAGCUUGCUCAAUGAUGGUGUUACAGUGGUACUUUAUCACAUGAUGGAAGGAUUUAUCGAGUUAGGAGAAGAGAAUAUUAUCGCAAUUGAUGUGGCCACGGGUAUCGGCUCAUUUUUCAUCAUUGCCCUCGGAGGCUCCCUCAUCGGCAUACUGUUUGGACUAUUUGGCGGGUUCAUCACAAAGUUUACCGAUCAUGUGAAAGUUAUCGAACCACUGUUCGUUUUUGUCCUUGGCUACCUCAUGUAUUUAACAUCCGAAAUGAUGCAUCUAUCCGGCAUUCUAGCAUUAUCAUUUGGUGGUAUUGCUCUUCGUCACUAUAUGGAGCAUAACGUAUCCAAGAAGACUGCUGUUACUAUAAAAUACUUCAUGAAAAUGCUUGCAAACAUCUCCGAGACUGUGAUCUUUAUGUUCCUUGGACUGUCCACAAUUGUUGACACGUUAGACUGGAACCUUGCAUUUAUAUUUUUUGCAUUGUUUUUUUGUCUUUUCUUCAGGGUAAUAGGUGUAAUAAUAUGUUCCUGGUUUUUAAACCGACGUCGUCUGGUAAAAUUAACGAAGAUUGAUCAAUUCAUCAUGGCGUACGGAGGCCUAAGAGGGGGAAUCGCAUUUUGUCUUGCUCUCUCAUUGGAGGAAGAAUUAGUACCAGAGAAACGUUUGUUUGUCACGGCAACCAUUAUUAUUGUUUUCUUCACAGUAUUUAUUCAGGGUAUAUCAGUUAAACCAGUUGUAAAUGCAUUAAAAGUGAAAAGACAGACUGAAGAAGAUCCAAGUCUUAAUGAGAAAAUUCAUGAAACUAUGAUUGAUCAUUUGAUGGCUGGAUUAGAAGACUUGGUGUCAAGUUCAUCACACAAUCUGAUGAGGACAAGAUUCCGACGUUUUAAUCAUAAAUACCUUCAGCCAAUACUUGCGAAAGAGAAGGCAAAACCGAAAGCUGCCAAAAUAGUGAAAGUUUAUCAUGCAUAUAGUGAACAAGAGGCCAUUAAGGGUACAAGUGUUUCCAACAUGAAGAUGGUUGCAGGGUCAAGUGCUAGUCUUUACGAGGACCACAAGAGGGCGCUGAUACAAAGCAGUCCAAUCAUGCAAUCCCAGACAGAUCAGGAAACUGUCACUCUACAAAAAGCUCUCCGUGCUGGAAAACCUGCAGGGUGGCACAUGAACAGGCGGCACACCAUAGGUGAAUCUGUGGAGUCUAUAGAUCGUGUUGUGUAUCACAAGAAUAAUUCAAGCAUACGGACACCUGAUCCGACACCGCAAAACUCUGAUCAGUAUUUAAAACCAGGAAAUAACCUCUCCAAUGGUAGAGUUGCUAAAAAAUCCAAUCGUUCAGAUAGCAUGACAUCAGAUAGUGAUCUGGCUGCUGUGACAAUCAAUUUUACAACAAGCACUAAAGAAUCUGCCGUUAACGACACAUCAUUUUAUCUCUCUACCACCAAUGAUGUCUCCCCACAACCCUCGACAAAUAAUGAUAUAUCACCCAUUGAAGAAACCAUUGCUGAGAAAACACUACCGUGGAAUGACAGCACGGACCCAUCCCCCACCCAUCUAGCAGACAGUGUCCCUAACAACGAACCAGUUAUUGCUCAUGUUCCAACAUGGGUUAACAAUUUAUCAUACUCGCAUAUAACGGAGACAGGGUCUCCGUAUGUUUCUCCGCAGACAACUCUUAUACCUAGGCCAUCCGAUUAUCAUAAAACUGUGUACUCUAUAUUUCCAUCAAAUGACGAUAAAGACGAAGAAGAUUCAUGUAAAUGUAAUGGUGUUAAUUCUAGUGAUAACUAUUUCCCGACACCUUGGAGUAACUUAGAAGACUGUCCUCAGGUGUCACCAAUGGUUAUUGAAACCGGUGCACGAUCUGACGAUUUGUUACAUUCCACUCAUACCCAACAAGCACCGGAACAUCAUCAUGUGAUAGUUCCCACAAUUGAAUUAAUCAACUCAUCAAAUAGUUCAGAAAAAAAUGUUGCUCAUUUGACUGCAGUUGCGUCUGCUCCAGAUUUUCAACACUGGAAACCCCUUCAGAAAAAGUGUGGUCUAAGUGAUAUUGAGCGUCAUAACGAGUCUGACUCAAUGUUAUCAGAACUAGCAUUUGUCGAAGGUGUAAAAAGUCGUGUUCAAGAGUGGUUGAAACAAGCGAACGAUGACGAAGAGAAUGAUGCUGACGAGGAAGACGAUGGCGGUCUUGAUAAUCUGGAUAACGCCGAAGAUCUGGAGUACGAGUUAGAUCUUGCAAUGAAUACAAAACGAUAACGACGGCUUUUGUUUAGGUCUUAAAUAAUUUAAACUCAAAGUAUUUCAUUUUUUUUUUAAAUUAUAUAUAUUCUGCCAUUUAUUUAUGAAAAUGUUAUUUAUGGUUCAGGUGUAAUAUGGCCUACAUGUAUUUGAGCUCAGUUUAUGAAGUAUAGGUAUGCAAUGUAAGUACGUUUUAUCUUAUCAUGAGACAACUAGUCCAUUACAUAACAAAAAAAAAUUAUACUUCACAUAGUAUUGAUUAUAAAAGUUUUUAUAUGAUAAAAAAAGAAAUUUAUUUAAA